AUCACAGAAGAGAAUCAGCCAAUCACGACCCAAGUUUGUUUUAAUGCUGCUCAAUCAGCGUGUCUUUCAUUAUACGUUGACCUUCUUCGCUAUCGAAUACGCUUCUCAAAAACAGAAAAUUAUUUACUCGUUCAAUGGCUAAAUUCAUGUGUUUACACGUUACAUUAGUUUUAAUUAUAUUUUUGCUGUUACAAUCAUAUUCAACAUUAUUCGAAGGUGAAUUUUGUCUUCUUCAAAACAAUAAAACCGGAUUUUGCAAAAGCGUUCAUGAUUGUCAAAGUGCAAAAGAUAGCUUACAAUCAAAAGAUCAUCCUAGAUUGUGUGGUUUUAAUAAUAACACACCAAUUGUUUGCUGUGAUUUUCCUAAAAAUUCUACCUUACCGGAUACGAAACCGGUUCAAACAAGUACUGAAAAGAACCAAGUCGGAAAUGAAACCAGGUUAUCGACCGGCCAAAAAAAGUGCCAAUUAUUUGCGAAUUACGUUUAUAAAAAUGAAACUUCGCCCGCUUUAAUACCAGGAAUUCAAUAUGUUAUAAUUAAUGGUUGCAUGGUGAAAGAAAAUUUCGUUCCUGGAUUGGUAGAACCAGGGGAAUUCCCUCAUUUAGUUUCUAUUGGUUAUUCUGACACAACAAACCCUAUUUAUAAAUGUACAGGCGCCUUAAUUAGUGGAAAUUACGUUUUAACAACUGCAUCAUGUACUUCAACAAAUUAUGGAUUUCCUGUAAUAGUUCGUUUAGGUACCACCAUAAAACAAGAAAAUUACUAUCAAGUUCCAGAAAUACAACACAUAAAGGUUGAGGAAUUUGUUAAACAUCCAAAUUAUGCUUCAAAAACAAGAUUAAAUGACAUAGCAUUAAUAAAAUUAGCUGAACCAGUUAUUAUUAAUGCUUUGGCAAGACCCGCUUGUUUGCCAGAAAAGAAAGAUCAAUUAAAAGAAGUUAUUGCGGUCGGUUAUGGGAGUUUGGGAAACUUUGGAAGAUUUAGGAAAGACGUCGAAGAAGACAUCUUAAAAUUAACUGCUAGCAAAAUAUGUCCGAGGAGAACAUCUAGGAUAGAUAACGGUUUAAAUUGGUGUGGAGAGUUUGAAAAUAAAAGUAGAAAUAAUCAAUGUGUUCUGGAUGAAGGUGCUCCUUUACAAAUCAUAAAUAAAUCACCUUAUUGUACUUUUUCGAUUAUCGGGUUGAUUUCUUCUUGGGAUAAUUGUGAUCCCACAAAACCUAUGGUUAUAACAGAUGUUUCUAAACAUGUUGAAUGGAUAGAAAAUAAUAUUUGGUAUUAAUUUAAUCUUUUAUGAAAUUUUAU